AGCCUCGGCGAAUACUACUGUGCCCAAAUCCCAGCUUCAGUUUUUAUCUACGAGAGGCGGUGGCGAAGCGGGUUGUUGUGGUCUUCGCCGCCUCACCAAACAACAGAGAGAGAGAGAGGAGAAGAACUAUAUAUAUAUAUAUAUAAAAUUACUCUCUUGUCGUAGUUUCUACGUGCUCGAAGUACAAAAACGAAAAGGGAAAAUAAAAGGAAAAAAAAAAAAGGAAAUUAGGGCAUCGGCGUUCCAUGGCGUAUUCGUGGUGCCUGUCGGCACCCUCCCUCGCCGGACCAUCACCGGCGGCGGUGGCGGCGGUGACGACGGUCGGAGGCGGCCGCCGCGACGCCCGUGGUAGGGGUUUUAGCGCCGUUCGCGUGCUCGCUCCGCUCCAGCGGGGUCGGAAUGGAAGAAGUCUCGUAGUCUGCAUGGCGCCGGAGGAGGAGAAGAUGACCCGCCGUUCUCCUCUCGAUUUCCCCAUCGAGUGGGAGAGGCCGAAGCCUGGAAGGAGACCUGACAUCUUCCCCAAGUUCAGCCCAAUGAAAACUCCGCUUCCCACUCCAUUGCCAGCCGACCCUCCCGAAGAGGAUGAAGAAGAGGAGGAAGAAAAGAAAGAGGAAGAGGAAGAAGAGGAUCCCGACAAGGAAGAUCCCGACAAGCCUGAGAAGCAAUCAUGGAUGUUCUAAGUAGAUCCCUAGGAAGAUUUUGUAAGAAACAUAUCUAGUAUUUCAGUAGAAGUAUGAAAUAUUCUUCAUGCUUUAUCUGCAGACUCAUGUAAGCUAGCCGCUUAUCGACCUACUUAUCAAUAUCAAAAUUUGAGGUUUCUUUUGCUGGCUAAUAAAAACACAGCUGCUUUCACGCUAUAGUUAUUUUCUCUGUU